AUGUCCACUCAGCAUGCCACCCUCGAACACUCGCCCGAUCCAUCCCCCUCAGCAUUCCCAUCUACCCGCGCCUCGACAUCACGUAGCGGCAGCGUGGCAAGCAUCUGGAGCUCAGCAGAGAUCCCAUUCUUCCUCGAUGCUCGUCGCAGGAGCAGCGAGGUCAAUGCUGCACGCAAGGGCUCAACGAGUGCUGCCUCGGGCUCACGAUCAGCAUCCGCCUCUGGAUCUGCCUCUGGCUCCGGCUCUGGUUCUGGCUCAGCAUGGUCUCACGGCCCUCGCGUCGUAGCACUAGCCAGCUCGCGCAACAAUGACUACGACUUCCCCGGACGCAGACGGUCUGUUAGAGAUGUACCCGACGGACCUUCGUCGCCACGGCCCAGCGUCGAUUCUUUGGCGUCAUGGCGGCGAGGCAGCAAUAGCGGUAGUGACGGGCAAGGGAGGAGGACAAGCUCAUUGGCAUUACCAGACGCCGCUGUGGUACCGACUCGAGGUUUCCAGACUCGCAAACCUGCAACACUUGCCAUCCAUCCCAUCGCCUAUACAUCCCCCCUCGCCACACACAACGAGCGUGAUGCCUCGCCGACUACGACGACGUCCACACAAGCUCCCUCCCUAGCCACCAGCCCGGUUCCAUCCAGCGAGACCGACGCCAGCGCAAGCUGUUCCACUCCGCUGACAGCCAAGAGCAUCAAUUCGUCAAUGCAUCCUCGAGACGUCCCUGCGAAACCGCUGCCAUCUCUGUAUGCACGCGCCGGCCAAUUUUUCCGCGCAGACUACACAAUGGUCAGCCCCUUGACCGCGAAUGCAGAUGAAAUCGAUCCCCUCGACGCCAGCGCAUCCUCAGCGAUACCAAUCCCUGCGGCUCCACCCCGCGUCACCAUGCUCGCGCCAGUCACCGAGGCGGGAAUGGGACCGAGAUCACCUCGCUCCCUGCUGCGCCCACACACGGCUGCAGCUACAACGGGGUCCUUCCUCGAAGCUCCCUUCUCCCGCGAGCAGCAUCGCCGCGCUCUCGCGAAACAACGCCAUCAAUCGCUCGCGCCCUGGCAGCUUGCUCAACUCCCUUCGCCAUUAGAGUCCCCUCAUUCCGGGGACACCAUCACGAUGGAGCAGGAGGCUGCGAUGGAGCGGCAACGCACCAUGUCCGUGCCCAAGCUGUCCGCACUGCCUCACCCUCUGUCCUCCUCGCGCAAAUCAUCGUGGGGUGGCCAACCUUCGCCACCAGCCACUGCACGGCAAGACAGCGAUGACGAGGGCGCCGGCGGAGGCAGCAGCAAUGCCACGCCAUAUCGUGCGCCGACGUCGCCUCGCAGCUUCAGAAGCGGAAUUCUGCGACGCAGCGGUCGACCUUCGUCCAGUCGCCUCAACACGCCCACGUCAGUCUCCACUGCGCCGGGCACACUGCGACCCAAGUCGUCGAGCGGCAAGGGUGCGGGUUGGUCGUCUUACCUGUCCGAGGGCUUGACGCUCUACAUCGAUCAAGGACCAAAGCGCGAUUUCGCCAUCAAGGUGCCGUACCUCCGCUAUGAUCCAUUUGGUAGACCGGAGGACAUCGCAGAUACCACUGCAGCCGCUGCGUCAGGCACCCCUGACUCAAAGCCAGGCACGCCGCGCAAGAGUAAAGGAAGGCUAUCGGCGAUAGACCCGGACGAUGAGGUUGGGACGCUGGAGUUCGGCCACCUGCCGCAGGCCAACGACGCUGAGGCAGUCUUGUUCUCGCGUCGCGGUUCGGCUCCCAUCCUGCGCCACUUGGGCAUUGGAGACGAUACCAAGGCGGACCUGCUAACGCGACAGGCGGCCCUCUCGCUCGACGCGAAUGGGUUGCACGAGGUCUCGGGCUACGAGAGACACGGCAAGAUUGCGUGGCGCUUCAAGUACCAGGUGAUGAACUUGGGCGAUGGAGAGGCGGCGCUACGUCCCGUAUCCUUUGACUGUUCGGCCACCCUCCUUGAUCCGACGCGCGCUCGCAAGGCUCGACUUUUCAAGAUGGUCAAGAAGGGAGUCACUUCGACGCUAGCCUCGAGCUUGGUCGCGAGUGAGUCUGGCUCAAGGGGCAGCCACUCAGGGGAGAGUGAUGGCUCCUCGCCACGAGGACAGAGGACUCGCCGCGGCGACCUUCGCCGACCGUCCGAAUGGACCAAUGGCUCCUCCAUCUCGGCGACGUCGAUGCUGCGUCAGAGCACCUCGAAUACCGUGUCGCCUCCCCCGUCGACUGGCUCCCUCUCGCCCGUAUCACGCCGUGUCGAGUACCAGCCGCGCAAUGGGUCCCUAGGCUAUGCGCGGUCCACCAAGUCGACGCGCCUAGCCAACGUCUUGCAGGCAGAGCGACUACUUCGCGCCAGCCAAGGAGACCUGGCGAGUAGCAGUCGCAGCAGCAGCGUAAGCUUCGGCGCCGGUGGUAGCGGCGCCGAAUCCCCUCUUGUUGCGACUCGAGCCGCAAGCAUCGUGGCAGAGAUGAAGCCAACGACUCCCUCCGAGGAGAUCAAGAGGGCGUACCUCAUGCGUGCCAUCGAAAGGGACGAGCACCAGCACCAGCACCAGCACCAGCACCAGCCGCGAGUGUCCCCGCCUGCUACCCGCUCUCCAGCCUCUGCGCGCUUCCCGCCUACAGCUGCCCGCGAGGAGCCCUCGACGACGCCUACACAGGAACACUUUUUCUUCGCCCGCAACUCACCCACUGGCGGGGUGAGCACGUCGAGCCGUAGCUCCGGGGGUAGCUCGUGGGCCGAACAUUUUGCCUCCCUCGCCGCCUCGAGCCAGCGACGCCUCCGCCAGGCCGUCUCGAGCAAAGCGUUGCCCGAGCUGCCGCCUGCUUCGUCGCUGCCAUUGCUGAGAAAGAAGAAGAGCAGCGCAAGGACGAUCAGCGGCGGUGGAUCUGGGGCCGUGGGUGGAGGUGGCGAGCAAGCAGGAAGCGGGGCAAAGCCGCCACCACCACCACCACAGUCGUCUCUCUUAUCAGAAUUGGGUUUCAUCUAG